UGCCCUACUUCCUGUCCAGAGCACGUUGCAUACAAAGCCGGGAAGCAGAUGCCCCACUCGUGAUGGAUGUGAACGCCGCGGGGCAUCCGCUCUUUGGUGGAGCUUUCUCUGCUGUUCUGCCCCAGCCCUUCCAUGAUGUCAGUGAUCUCCGGGAGAUCCCCGAUAACCAGGAGGUUUUUGUGCACAGCGGCACCGAUCAGAGCGUCAUCGUGGAGCUGCUGGAGUAUCAGGCGGGGAUGAGCGACCCGGACGCCGCCAGAUACCACUUUGAAGACGUGGCGUCGAGUAACGGCGCAGAGGGGCGGUCGGAAGUGCUGAGUGUGGAGCCUCUGCCAUUGGCGCAGCUCUCGCUCACCAACUGCGCCAGCGCAUGGGCACUGACCGGUCUGCAGCAGGUGGCCAAGUUCAAUGAACAGGCUCUGAAUACCGUCCGUGUGCACUUGGUGUUAUUCCGGCUGCCUCAGCAUUCCACAGACCUACUCGUCACGUUUAAUGACCCUGUUGCUAUUGACCCGUCCAGCAGCAGCGCAGUGGGCGGAGUCAGUGCUGCGGCGUCUCCUCCUUGGACACCUGAAGAUUUUAACCGUUUCCUGGGUAGUUUGCGGCUCCAUGACCCCGGCAUCUUUGGCUGAUCGCCCGCCGCUGUUUACUUGGAUCCGUUUAACGGGCAGAAAGGACUGUUGGGGCAGACUGACAGGGGGCAUUUAUAUAAGCAAGAGAUACCACACUUCAGCAGAGACGGGGUUAACUAUUAAAAUAAAACGCCCCGGGGCAAAGAGUGGCGAGAAUCUGACGCCCAGCAAACCUCUUUAGGGGAUCUGGUGGAUCCAUUAUGGGUUAUCAGUAUUAACCCUUCGAGCGGCAGUAGUAACCCUCCGAGGCAGUUAGCGGAGAGUGCCCCAUAUUUGCCCCUUUUAAACAUUUGUCUGCCUCCUGCUCGUCGUCGGACUGACGGGGACUUUCACGUAUGUACUCUGCGUGUUCAUGUGUCCUGUUAGCGUGCAGUACAAUAACACACUUUCACGCGU